AUUCCGACUCCGCUUUGCUAUGAUGGGUUAUGUUGUAACGUUGAGGGUCGGAAUAUCCUAAACGGUUGAAUCGUUCCCGGACCGCCCAUCAAAGCCAGUGGCUCCCGUCGGCGCUGCUGGAGUCCGAUACUGAGAGCUAGCCAGAGAUGUUCGGGUGACAGCUCAACCCGGAGCCGACCGCGGCCUGCCUGCUUCGGCUGCUAGCUCUAUGAUUGACAGCUUGUCAACCGCCGAGCUGCAAUACUCUGAACUGGACUGUUGUCAUUUUUUAUUUACUAAAGGUGAGCUGACAGUCAGACAGACAGCAGCUCUCUGUUGUCAUGGAUGCCGGUGUUCAUGUCAAAGGAGUUCCAACAAGGUCCAGGCCGUCCGUCCGGAGAGAGCUGCUUCUUUCAGCAGGACAGGAUUCAAUAUGUGCGUGACUCUGGGAUGCAGUCUGCAAAGAGCCUCUUUAGGAACAAGAAGGAGCUAUGCAGCGUUGGCCUGGAGCUGCCAACCAGAGACACUCCAAGGCUUACAGAGAUUCAUUUUGUGUGUCUGCCUGGACAAUGUGAAGGGGAUGAGUUCACCCAGCAGGCUCUAUCAUCCCUGCCGGGGAAGCUGUGCGAGCUCCUCAGGUCCCUCCACGCACACAGCCUCAGAAAUGACGAGGUUCUACUGCUCAAAGACUCCUGCAGGCUGACAGAGCACAGAGACGUUGGCCCUCAGUGUUGGCUGAAGGCUGUGUGUGUCCUGAGGCAGAAUCCCUGCACAGGCACGCACCCCCAGGCCAGUGUGGCAUCUUUGGUGGGCUUUCUGGGAUGCUAUGUAGCAGGUGUCCGCUAUGUACUUGAGCUCCAGGGUCUUCAGAGGGGUUUCAGUGAGCCCAGCCAACCAGAGGAAGAUGACACCAACCAGUCGGUCUCAUCAAUUGAAGAUGAUUUUGUCACUGCACUGGAGCAUCUUGAGGAAGAAGACACUAGAGACAAUCCCUCUGCAGCUGCGUUUGGCCAUUUUAAGAAGCGUGAUGUGGCUUCACAAACUGUCCCAGCCCACAAGAGAAAGAAGGAAUUGUCAGGCUCUCGUGUUAUCAUAAGUUCAUCUUCCAAGAAACAUUCAGCCAAACAUGGAUCUGCUCCUGACGUUUCUGUCACAGUGCAGCGGUUAUCGUCAGGUGUUGAAUCCCAGUGGACUUACUGCAGUCCCGGAGCUCGUCCGCCCUCCCCUUCAGCUCAUAUUAGCGAGUCAGAGGAGUCUGACUGCUCCAGCCCCAGUCCAAUCAUUUUCCUGGAUGAAGUGGGCUAUCAGAAGAGUCUGUUGGCCAAGCUGGACAUCCCACAGGUUCCGGGGGGCCCCAGAGAGCCAGUUGAGGACUCGGACUCUGAAGUCAGUGAAUUCUUCGACAGCUUUGACCAGUUUGAUGACCUGGAGGAGCUGAGCUCAGAGAGCUGCACUCUCACUCUCCCUCUGGAUUCCAUCAGUGCCUCAGCUGCACAGAAAAAGUCUGACACUGGGCCCAUAUCUACGUACGUCUCCAGGGGCUGUUCAACUAAGAGCAUGAACCCUCAGCGCUUUGACCAGCCCACUCUCCCAGCCAAUGUGAAAAAACCUACUCCUCUGAAACCAGGUUCUCCCUACUCAGUUCACCCUGACAUGCCCGACUGCCCUUGGCUGGCCCAGACCCCCUCUGAGGAAAAUGGAGGACCUCUCUUCAGUCCUGUCUCUUCUGCAUUUAGUCCUUUGGUGGAAUCUAGUGGACCACUGGAAUAUUUCUGGAAAACCGAAGAGAAAGGGGAGGACAAGUCAGAGCUAUGUAAACCCCAGGACCUCUGCUCCCUGUAUAAGACCUACUCAGACUUUGCCAACAAUCUGUCCAAAGAAAUUCUAGGAUCUGUGUGUGGCUUCCAGUCUGCUGUUGACAUCAGUGACAACAAAAAUCUCAGUUGUGUCUGCCACAAAGAGUUCAAGAACCCAUCGGGCUAUCUGAUGAAAUUGUCUGACAUUCAAGAGACGGUCACAGUAACCAAGCUGCAGAAGAAGUCCCAGUCUCUGAAGGAUGGCAUCCAGAGGUUUGCUUCUGACCUGGUGGAGAUGAGCUUGGGGAGCGCCCUUCGAGACCUUCAAAAAGGAGUAUCCUCCUGUACCACCACCUUAUGCCAUCUGGCUGCUAGACUCACCUCCUCAGUUUUUCAGAUGGCCUUCCAUGAAAUUGGCAUGCGACGGGCCUCUGUUUUGAAGGAGCGAGCUAUUAACGGAUUAGCUGGUUUCCUCGUAGGUGAGGCCAUUUCUGGGGCGCUGAAAGAGUUCCUCACUGUAAAAAAACAAAUGUUUCACAACACAGUGACACAGUUUGCUGCCGAUCUGGCCGAGGAACUGGUGUUUGAAGGCAUAAUGGAAGUGUGUCAGUUCUCCCUCCCAUCAACCCCUAUUACACCCAGUGAUUGGGCUUUUGGCCAUGGGCAAGUAGAAGAAGAGGAAGAGGAGGAGGUGGUGACCUCCUAUGCUUUGGAUUUGUCAGAGUCUGUGAUUCAGGAGGCCUUCAUAGAGCUUUCUCAGGCUGACGUUGCCUUUACGAGCCAAGCAGCUAUCAGUGUGUCCCUGGAUAACAUCUGUUAUGUCAAUGCUGAGAACACUACCACUCAUACCAGCAGUAUUUUUGCUAACAAACAGGUUUUAAGUGCCACCUCUACUUCAGCAGCCCCAGGAGCGUCAGAAGAGGAGGCUUCCUGCACGGUGAAGAAUGCUCUGUUCACUGUCUCAGGCAUGGCCAGCUGUAUUCCUGUUCCCCAUGCUGGCCAAGCACUUUCCAGCUUCCAGGAUCUAGAGGAGGCUUCCCAGUAUAAGUCUAGAUUCUCAGGUAGCCCAAAGACCAGCACCACAGGAUUAACUAUAACAUCGACUGACAGUAUCUCCUCUAAACACACUCACGCUUGCCAUCAUGAAGCUCAUACCUCCAUGCCUGUGGGAGGCUCCUCCCAACAAAGAUUAUUCCAAAAUGUCUCUGGCAACAUGGUGGACAUGAUUGUAACUGAGGCCUGUGAGCUUAUUACUGCUUCUAAAAUGAAAAAGAGUUUUGGUGACUGCGCUGAUUUCCUUACAAAGACCAUCGGAAGCCGAAGGAACUCCUCCUCAAAGCAGGAGACUCCCGAUUCGCCUCUAAAGCAUGGAGCUGACAGGGAGCAUUUUAGAUAUGACAAGUGUGUCCGACAGGGGGCGCCUACUGAGUGUGUUCCUCCUGUUUCCUUUCCAGCUGGUUCCUCCAACCAGGGGAAAGUCCAGUUUGAGAUGGAUCCUAGAAGGAGAGAUGUGGAUCAAACACAGCCUCUAAUGACGGAUUCUCUCGAUGUGCCGAGUCCAGCUCUGGUUGGACGAGGCCGGAUAUCUGCUCGUGUAGAAGACCCAGCACCAGGCUCUGGGCAGAAGUCUGCAGGGACUCCUGGUACCCCUCCCUCUUCACCUCAGCAGCCCAGUGAAGUCUCUGAAGAAAAACAGAUUAAACAGUUUUCCAAGAAGCUGAAAAGCAAGCUAGCAAAUGAGUUUUCUCCUGCGACUCCACCCCCAACUCCUCACUAUCAGCCUGAGCCAGGCCCUGGCCCUGAAGAUGUCAUCCCCGAUGCAGACAAGGCUGCGUUUAUGCUCAGUCUCAUGAGGUCUCUCUCUGAGGAGGCAGUUGGUGAUGAAGAUGUUGAAGAGGAAGAACCAGUUGAGGAAGAAGGUGUCAGCGGCACUAAGAGAGGUGUAGAGGCAGACUGUCGACGACGGGACGUCAGCCAGGUGUCCUCUCGUAGGAUGUUCAACAAGGAAGCUCUCCAUUACGCUGAGCGUUUGGCAUGUCACAUAGUUUCCAUGGCGACUGAGAUGGAUACAUUAGGAAUGUUGGAGGAAGAGGGGGAGUUGAGCAAAAGCAGCGAGAGAAGGAGAGACAGUGUGGCUCAGUUCUCAGAGCAGACCCUGAAUAUGUUGUGGGUGUAUGCGGGGGAGGUGGCGGGACUGGUUAUAAACGAUGUGAAGACAAUGGUGAGCUCUGGACAACAGUGUCCCUACCACAGAGCUCAGGAUCUCCGAAGGAGAAGCUUCGACAGAUCCACCUCUGAAGGUUGGCGUCCCUGUUACAGACACCAGUCUCAGCCCAGUACAGACCAGAACCGGAGCUCAAGGUUAGCAAAGCUUGCAGAGCAGUGGUCCAAUGAUCUGAUAGCCUCAGUUUCUCAUUCUCCCCCUUCCACUUCAAGUACCAUUUCCAGCUCCAGCUCUGGUCUGUCCUCUGAGUACCCCAGCUGUGAGAGCGUGACAGAUGAAUAUGCGGGCUACCUCAUUAAGGUGCUGAAAAAGGAAGGUGGCAGUAGGGAGUUGGUCCUAGACCAGUAUGCAAGCCGUCUGGCGUACCGCUCUAUUAAAUUAGGCCUGGCUCAUGCUAGUCGUAAGAACAAGCAAAGAUCUAACAGCAGCCGCCUUCUCUCCUCCAAGUCCCUGCCAGAUGAAUGGAAAGCUUCUGGCUGUGAAACCUUAUCAUCCAAAGACAGAUCAGAAUCGGUGGGGUUAGUGUCAGGUCGGGCCCCUCAGUGUUGUUGCAGGGUCUCUGAUAAACAGAGCAAGAGGGAGUACGUGGACCUGGUCAACUUUGCUGAGUCUUUAGCUUACAACAUCACCUGUGAUGUCACACGCAAACUACAGCUUUCUUCAGUUCGCCUUCCUAAGUCUCUCACUGACUCCUGUCUCUAUAAGAAGUCCAAACUUGAAGAUAUGGCUGAUAACAUCAUCAGGAACUCGUUCUCCUGUGCGCUAUUGUCCAAGGAGGAUAAAACUAGACAUUGCCACAGUACAGGAAGCCUAUAUGAUAUGGGCUACAGCUGCAGGGUGAUGCAGGUUAUCGAGCACUAUGCCCGGAAGAUUGUUGAUGACACAGUCAAAAUGAGCCUGGCUUCAGUUGGACAUUCAUCCUGGGAACAUUUGCGAAGUCAUGGCCAUGAUCGGCACUCUCACACCCAGAGACUGUCUGAGGGGCCAGCAGAGGUCCAGUCUCUAGGAGAAAGGACCUGCCGUUAUUGUCUGUCUCAGGAAUGUCCUCACUGCACCAAACCUAACAGACACCACUACCAGCCUGUCUUACAGACAAGCACAAGAGCAUUGGAAAGUUAUUCGGCAUCAGAGCGCUUCUCUAGUGUGGAAAUUCCCAGGAUCCACAUUGACCUGGACAACAGGGCAGCAUUCGCAGAGGAAGUUGUAUCCCUGGCAAUGGAGACGGCUAAACGUGAGCUGAGCAACACCAGCCUUAAUGCGGACAGCGGGAUUGGCCAUGAUGGCACCAGCUAUGCUGAGAGCCUAACAGCAGAGAUCAUGACGUCAGCGCUGUCUAACAUCUAUCAGGCUGCCAACAUCAGUUCUCCAGGUCGGGAGCCCACUGAGUCCACAGUGUCCCAGCAGCUGAGUGUGGGAGAAGACAGCCUGGGCAGCUGGUCUAACCUGAGCUUUGAGGAUGAUCACCCAGAUGACAACAGCAGCUUCCUCCAUCUCAGUGACAGCAGCAAUGGGAACAGCAGUAGCUGGAGCAGUCUGGGCCUGGAGGGAGAGGUGUGUGAGGAGCGUCUGUCAUUCUCCCCAUCUGACAGUGAUAAUACAGAAGACAAGGAGACAAAGGUCAAGGAAGAGUCCAGUGGGACCCUGUGUGCAGACAAGAUUCAGGCACAGACUCCCAGGACCGCUCUGUUCAUUGUGAACUCAGAUUUCAGGGAGCUCGGACGUGGCUUCCAACACUCAACCCUGGACCCUCAGCUCAGGAGCAUGCUGCAGUGGGCAGCCGCCUCCGUGGUCGACAUCCCUCAGAUUCAGCUUAGUGUUGACAGUGAGCUGCAGCAGCUGCCGGCGGUGGUGCAGAAGCUCCAAGAGAGAAAGUGGAAGGUGGCAGAUUUGCUGCACAUGCUGCUGCGUUACCAAGAGGAGAGCCUUUGUCACCCACCACCCGGAGUGACAGUGGCAGCCAGGGAAACCCAGUGCACCCCCCUCUUCCAGUGGCUGCUAGAACAUGCUUAAAACCUCUUAUUCUGCUUCUUUGGUUUUUCCAUUUUAAUACAGGCCUUUUAGGAUCUCCUUAGCCACCAAAGGGUGCCACAGAAAUCGUCUCAUCACUUAGACAUCCUCUCAUGUAUGUGGGCGGCAUGUGUCUUGCACUGCAUGCUGUUACAAAGAGCUCCUUGAGCUGCAUUUUGUUUUUCUUUCCACCUUUCUUUUUGUUACCGCAGAUUUAUUCUUUAUCCGGCCGCCUAUAUCCCAGGUCGGAUGAGAGAGCUGUCUCCUGUGCUCGCCCGCCCACACUGCCAAGCCUCCCUCUGUGCUUGAGCUGGUGGAAGAGUCAGAGACCCACCCCAUGUGUUUCCAGACAGACACGGGAAUUGAGCUGGGAGAAAUAAAAUGUGCUUUCUUUCCUGACAGGGAAUCCCCACAGCUGCUCAGCAGAUGAUGUCAGCACAUCCACUGCUCACUUCUGUGGUGUUUCCACAUGUUAAGAGACCAACUGUGCACCCUAGUACACGCACACCACCAUUUACUUAUCAGAUCUAGUUCAAAAGAUCAAUCCACCCAGUAUGACUCCAUAAUUUAGUUAAUAAUCUGAAACAUCCUGUCCUUCACUUUACUACAGCAAAGUUUUUGUGAAGAACUAGGGCUCUUCAUCAUAACUCUUCAAUGUGCUGCCAAACAUACAGAAAUAUAAGCUGUCUGUAAAGGUGUAAGACACCAUAUUCCUGCUAAUAUGUCACUUUGCGUUGAUAUAACGAGCCAAAUGGAUGGCUUCAGAAUGAUUAAAAAGCCUAAUGAAGGAGUAUUGCUGUUUAAUCUGUUUGCUUAAAUCAGAUUUCAUCAGUUGUCAAACUUAGUAAGAUAUCCAGAGUGGAUGAUGUUUACUAAAGUAGAGUUAUUUAAUAUAUGAGAAAAAAUCAUAUUUUUUUUACAUAAAGUAUCCAAACAAACAUGACGUGCUGCUCAAACUGUCUCCCUGUUGUACAGCUGCCAAAUGCAGUUAAUGAGAUGAUUGUACAGGGCUCAAGUCCAGUCAGUAGUAGCUGUACGAGUCAGUAGUCAUCUGGGCGAUUGGGGGGGGGCAGGUUCAGUUCGGGGAAGCUCCAGUGACGCAGGCAGUAAUUAAAAAUGCAGGAGAUGUCUGUAUCUCCAGCCCACAGACCAGCAGCAUGUGCAUAGCUAAAGCCAGGACUCACACACACUUUGUGUCACCCACGCUCCCCAGUCACCUUCAGUAGUGUGAAGGCCACAAACACGCCCUCGUUACUCACUGCCGCACGUACACAGCACCACCACCAGAGAUGCACUUCUGUUCGAAGUGGAAGCUGGUGCUGCCCACCUCUGCCAGUUCACACUCCACCCCUCUUUGUUUGUAAGAACACUGUAUCCAGAACCGCCCCGAAGAGAGUUGAAUGGAAUAUGUUUGUAUUUAUUUAUUGUUUUGAUACGAGGGACUGAAGGGUGACGUCCACACUGCGAGGUUCUGGGAUUAAACACUGUAAUAUAACAGGACCUCACAUCUGUCAUUAAUAUUAUUAUUAACUCUAGUGUUGGUGGCGUUGUUUGCCUGCAUGGCCUAAUCACAUUUCUUCUUUCUGCCUACGUUACCUAAGCUGCAGUGUUGUCUGUGUUCACGCUGCUUCUCAGUAUGAUGCAGGCCUCUACAGAUGCCUUUGUUUGUUCCUGCUUUGCUGCCAAAUUCUCCCAUAAUCCUGAAAGUGUUUGCACAGAAAAAUAUUAAUGGAAUAUGUCCAAAAGUAAUGAUUGACAAAGAAUCCUUGUAGGAAUGAAACAACUUUGAAGUAUUAACCUGAGAAGUGUGAGAGUUUGUUGGUUUACAAUAAAUGGAAUGUAUUAGGAGACAGAUUUCUUCCUGGUGUGUUUAGACUUGGGACCUCGCCAGGGUUUUUCAAGCAACUUUCAGAAUUUCUUUGAAUUAUUUACAUUCCUUGUCAUUCCCCAGAUGACCCCUAUGGCUUUGUUGUUGUGUUUGUGAAAGCUGAAUGUGUAAGGAACCUGCAUUGACUCCAUUUAGAGGCUGAUUUACUGUAAAUCUUUUUUUGCUACAGUUGUUUUCCGCUUCUCACCAACCGCAUCUUGGAAAGAAACAAAAAAAGAAAAUGACUUCACCUCCUUAUUUGAACCCGCCAAAUGAAGAUAUUCAAUAGUUUAUGUUAAAUUAUAUAACAGUGAAUUUGUUGUCCUUAGUGGCAUUGCUGACUAGUUUCCACAUUCUAAGCUUGAACUCUAACUUUGUUUGUGUUAAAGCGUGUUGUGACAAUAAAGCUUUUUAUGUGCUGAAA